GUGUCCAAUCAGAAUUGCAGAGUAGAAGUUGUUAGCGCGACAUCAAACCUCAAAAGCUAUCCUGCUUCUUCCCACGGAGACACGUCGACUGUUGCGCGAGACGUUGCCGCUUUCGGAGGGCAAAUUGGCUUCUGACGCUUGCAGGGCGAUACUCACCGCGCAUAAAGGCUUAUCUCUACUGUAAACACAAAAAAACUACUGAGCUGUCCCGCGGUGCCGGCCUCGUGGCUUCGCGGGCCCGGUUUGAGAAAUGCAGAGCUCUCUAGCACUCCGCAGCGGCGAAAGCACGCUGCAUACGCACCGUGGCAGCAAUAAAUGCAGUUUGACCGUGCGCGGCAUCCAGCGCCGGGCCUGUCGUCACCACACACCCCUCGCACCACAAGCCGCGGCCGGCUUCCCGACCAGCUCGCCGCCUGAGCCUGACAAAGCCGGGAGCUCAUCAUCCUCGUCCUCGACUGCUGCAGCAGCGGUCCCGCAGAGCCUUGCCCACCUCUGGCCCAAGGUCAGCUGGUCCCGCUACCACCUGCAAGUGCUCUUCGUGGACCAGACCGACACGGUGCGGGGGCGGCUGGCGGCGGGGCUGUUCGAGCGCUGCGCCGAGUGGAAUGGGUACGGCAGGGCUCUGUACCCCUGGUCUGCGGGCCUGGCCCCGGGUGGCCCACGGGACAUCCACGCCAUCUCCAAACUCACGGCGCUCAUGCGCGGAGCCACCAGCCUAGAGAUCCUGCCCCGCUACUUCACUCGGCCGCCCGAGGCCUUUGAGCUGGAGGACCUGGACCGCUACGACCUGGUGCUGGCGCUGGACAGGUCCGGGACCCCGUCCGGAGCCCGCGAUGCAUGCGCGAUAUGCCCAUCGGUACACCGCUCGCUCAGUCACCUUCUGCGACCACCUGAUGGCUCUGGUGGCUCUGGCGGACGGCGGACCUCGUCACGGAGCACGGCCAUGUCGCCGAGGCGUACGGCGCGGCACUACCAUGCACCCGCGACACGUCGCAGCGCGUGUUCAAGCUAUCAGGGGGGUAACUGGAUUCUGGGGGGUGGGGGGCUCGUCACGAACAGCCGACGCGGCCACUACGGCCGCGCGCGUGCCUAUGUUAUUGUACUUAGUGGGCGGGAUUUGGGACGCGUGAUACCUAGCUUGUCUGCUGCACGCCGCCUCUCUUGUCGCCGUUGCCAUUCACAUGCCCGUGACACUUCCUCGCUGCCGCCCUAUGCCCAUGCUUCCACAUUUGCCUAUAGGUCUGUGCACGAGGCGCUGCAUGGAUCCAUCGCCGCCGAGUACCCGCCCGGACCCGACCGCGACUACUACAUGCAGAAGGUGUGCCUGCUCACCACCUUCUCGCACUACGAGUCUGACGCGGUGCUGACGCGGCGCGGCGGCUUCGCGCUGCUGCCCGCGCAGCUGUCGUACCUGCUCAAAGACGGAGCGGGCGGGCUGGCGGCCAGCAAGGCGGUGGUGGACAUCCCCUCGCCCGACCUGUCCUCCCCCGACGGCGCGGCGCAGUGGGAGGCGGUGGUGGCGGCACUCAUCCUGUCCACUGCCUCGCUGGUCAAGUACCUAGUGGACGCCUACCCGGAGGACAUGCCGCACUACGACCCCCAGGACUGAGGGGCUGAUGCGCCGGGACGGGCUGAUGCGCCGGGACGGGCUGAUGCGCCGGGACGGGCUGAUGCGCCGGGACGGGCUGAUGCGCCGGGACGGGCUGAUGCGCCGGGACGGGCUGAUGCGCCGGGACGGGCUGAUGCGCCAGGACGGGCUGAUGCGCCGGGACGGGCUGAUGCGCCGGGACGGGCUGAUGCGCCGGGACGGGCUGAUGCGCCGGGACGGGCUGAUGCGCCGGGACGGGCUGAUGCGCCGGGACGGGCUGAUGCGGCCCCUGCGCCGCUGGAGUAAUGCGCCGCAGGACUGAUGCGGCGCCGGACAGGUGCGCCGGCAGCCGUGUGGCGGCGCGCAUCACUGGGGGCGGGGACCGAUGGGCGGACUGGUGCGCCGGCAAGGCAGCCGUAGGCGGGUCUCGGCCCCAGAAGCGGGCGGCGGCAGCGGCGGCAGCGGCGCGCCUGCAGCAGAACGCGGGCGGCAGAGGGCGCAGGGGAUCAUUGCGCACUCAAUGGGCACUCGGUGGGGACUACGUGGGGUGCAGCAGCAGUCCGGCUCGGCCCGGGCCUUUGCACGGGUCUUUGUGGAACCUGGGCAGGGGGUUGUGGGGGUUUGUGUUGGGCUGAGGUUGACCUACGCACGCGUGUGUGCAUAAGACGAGCUUGAGGAGAGGAAGAGACGUGCGUUGGGUCUCGGGGUGAUGUACGGCAUGCGUGUGUGUUUGUGCGGCCUGGGCUGGACGGCAUUUGUCCCGCCCGGUCGCCAUGGGGUCGUGGGGAUGCGGGGUAGAUCGGGACCUUGCGAGUACGUAGUAUAACGUUGCGUUGCUUGUACAGCCGCCGUGUGACUUGUUGGGGCAAGUUGCCCGAGUUGGAAGACCUUCGCAAGUUUCCAUUGUUGCUUUGUCAGCGUGUAACAGUAUCGUCGUAUAGGCUAUGGGCGGAUGGCUAGUGGGUCAAUGCUAGCCUAGGUGUUGAGUAUGUGAUACGGAGUGCGCUUUCCUGUUGUACAUUAUUUGCAGUUAACUGACCGUGUGUACCUCUGUAGAUAGUGGCUUUGUGGUCGGGCCAUGGCGUUGGCAGGGCAGGCGGCGGCACCGCCGUGCGAGUGUGUAUGCGCCUUGAUGUGCCACGUCCGUACGGUAUAAUAAUGGUGAUGGUAGCGGUACGGUGUGGUGAUGGUGAUGAUGAUGACACGCUUGGCAGGGGCCAGGGGCCAAUGCAACUCUUGGUUUCGAGGGGAGCCAGCAACAACAAUUGAUUGGAUCUGCAAGGGGCUUGAGGGGCUCCUCAGUUGUCGCAAGAGGCUCUGGGGUGUGCUGCGGAAGCGUUCGUGGUUGGUCUGGUCCGGUGAGGUGAGGUGCUUGCGUGUGUGCACAUACGGUACUGAAGCCGAAGGCGAAUUUUGCUGCAAGCGAUUGAUGUGGUGAUGUGCCGCGCGAUUUUUGACGGUCGCGGCUUUUGGUUUUUGCGCGCCAGCAACACCGGCAGCGCUGUGGGUUGAAUGAGGGACGAUUCUCAAAGAAAACAUUAUCUGGUGCAGAAAUGCAACCCUACUUUUGAUGGUUGCUGAGAAGAUUGGGUGUGUGGCAUACCCGCAGUGUGCGGUGUGCCCGGAGAUGCAUUGAGGUGUGCGCGUGCACUGGCGGUUUGGUGAUUCAACGCCGUGGAGGCAAGUGGAGUGCAACACACGCAUACACACAUACACUUACAUACACGGCCGCAGUCAUGAACCCACGUGUGCUGGAGAGCCGUGCGAGCAAGCGGUCUGACUUAUGGAGGAGGCGUGGCUCUGGUAGCUGGUGUGGGGCUGUGUUGAAUGCGGGCAGGGGCUGCGUCAUGCCCAGCCCAGGCGACCCCGCCCAACACCGCAUCAGACCGCCGCUGGCACGGCUGCACGCUGAGGAGCCGCUGGCAAAGACAGGGUAUGGGAGGUCCUGCUUGGUGGGGCUGUGCCUGCAGCAUAUAAAGGAUUUGCAAGCAGUCCUCUGCGACUCUAUACGGUAACGACAGUUCUGUAAUGGCAGUAAUGACACUUCCUGUAAUGACAGUAACACUCGCUGACGCUCAUCCCUUUUGAGGGCUGUAACAGUCGCUAUUUUUUGAGGCCUGUGCGGCUGUACCGUAGACGUCAGUGGUCGCACGCCGUCCUUAUACCCUUCAGCAGCCCCAAUGGUCCCCACAGCCCUUCCUGCAGCUGCCGACAGCGACUUGAUUCGGAUGUUGAGAGGUGUCAUGUGCCUUGCUGCUGGCGCCUUGUGCACGGGCGGCACGACGGCGCUGUAGUGUGAGCAGGCGUGCGCGGUGCAAUGAGACCACGUCAUCGGGAUGUGCAUGCGACGGGGUUGGAGCCGGCAACUGGCGCAGUCUAAACAACACUAGGUUAAAACGAACGUGUAUUGUGUUGGGGCUGUUGGAUUGAGUUCGGGGGUUCUGAAGUUACAGAGUUUAUGGAUGAGGUACUGGGCGGGUAUGAACGCGCAGGUGGCUAACGUUUUGCAAGGGUGCCGCAGCUCCGAACGACACGGACUGGGGGUUCCGGAUGCCACGGAUGUAACGAACGCUUACU